CCAUUUCUGUUAUUCUUUUUGUUGCUGCAGCGGCAGACGCAUUUCGCCACUUCCCAAUUCUACAUAUUUCUAUAUGUUUUAGCAACAGAGCUGACAUGAUCAAGAAGACCUCACCGAUAGCUCAAGCAAGUGCACCACCUAUAUUUGAACCAGAAGUUAAU